CAACUAGCCCUUCCUGCAAAAAGUACCAGGGAGGUCACUGCAACACGAGCUGUAAUCCGAAUGAACGUCCAGUUCCUGCAUAUUGUACAGCUAACUGCACGUGUUGUGCCAAGCCAUGCAAGCCAUCGAAGCAGUGCACUAGAGCCUAUGGUUACUGUACUUAUCCCAGUGACUGUGAUGGCUUAAUAAAACCGGGACUCUGUAAAGGCUACAGAUGCGUCUGUUGCCUCCAAAACAUAACAACGACAACAACAACAACAACAACAACGCCAACAACAACGCCAACAACAACGCCAACAACAACGCCAACAACAACGCCAAUAACAACAACGUCAACAACAACGACAACAGCAACCCCAACGACAACAACAUCAACAAUAAUCACAACAAGUCUCAACAGAAACAACAACAGGAUUAUCAUCAUCAACAGACCAAACAUCCACAACCACAACACCAGUUGCAGGAAAAUAAGCAAUAACAUAAAAAAAGGUUCACAUCACCGCUCUCAACAACAGCCAUAAAGACAGCGGAACUUUCACCAUCAGAGAGCAACAGAAACAUGUAUCAAAAACAAUGUCACCUAUACCAAUAAUAAAACGGUAAAACAAAAGCAUUAAAGGAAAAAAGUCACCAACAAAAACUAAAAAAAUGCCACUUUACACAGUGGCAAUUACAACGUGACCAUCUUUAACAACAGCAUCAACACGGGAAAACGACAGCCACAACGAUCAAUACCUCGCGAAAUAACAUGAACAUCACCAACAGUCACAUCAGAACCUCACCACAACAGCCUGACCAACACCACCA